AUGAUUGCAAGGGGGAGAGUAUUAAAUGAUACUGCUUUAAAAAGUAAAGCAAUGUUUGGUUUUACUGUGUUGAAGCUUGUCAGUCGACACAUUCAUCAUACCCCAAUAAUAUUCCAGGAAAAGAAGGAUGCACAAGUGGAUCUUGGUGUACCAUGGUACUUAAGACAGGAGAACUCACCACCAGUCGAAGAGAUUAAGAAAGUAGAGAUACCAGAAUUGCCUGAGUCAGCUCCAGGAUCCUUGUCUGAGCUUGUUCAUUUAAUUGCCGAAGAAUAUGGUAUAGUUGAUGUUGAAGUGUUUGAUUUGGCUACUUUGCCUGAGGAUCACCCAAAAAGUGUUGAUGUACAAAGCUACGAUAAGUACAUUAUCUUAGGUACAGGUAAAUCCGAAAAACAUCUUUACAAGGCUGCGUAUGAGUUGAAACAAUAUAUCAAACACCAUCAUGAUUGUAUGCCAGUAAUUGAAGGUAUGGUGUCAAAUUCUAUAGGUAAAGUUGCAAGAAGGAGAUUAGCAAAGAGAGUUAGCAGGGGCCCUCCAGCCACACAUAGUACAUAUGGAAUUGGUGCCAAUACUUGGGUUAGCUGUGAUACUGGAGUUGACGGAAUCACUAUCCAUAUGUUGACCAAAGAAAGAAGACAAGAAAUGAACUUGGAGCAACUUUAUUCUGACGCCCCAGAUUACGAAUCCAAUAGGUACACUAAUAAUAUUGAUGACGAUGAUAUUUUUUACGGAAUCAAGAGAGGAUUCCACACUUCAACAAGAGUAUUCAAUAAAGCAGAUCAAUUAAAGGUAGUUUACGAUGAACUUCUUGAAAACGGGAAAACAAAGUCUCUUGCAAAGUUCAAGGCUCAAUUUGACAACUUAUUCAGUGGUGCCUCUGUUGAAGAAUAUAACAGAAAAGUAGAUUUCUACAAAGUCAUUAGUUUGAUGGAUGAACAACUUGUAACAGCAGAACAGGUUGAAUGCAUCUUCAAAGAUAAAUAUUCUUCAUUAUUAUUGGCUCAAGAACAGGGUAUUGAUUGGCACAUGGAAGUGACUAAUGAUAUUAUUAAAUACAUGGAAUUGUUAGCAGAUGUUGGUGAUCAAUACACACCUGCUCAAAAAUUGAACAAAUUGUCCGAAUUUGUUUCAGACAUGACUAAUUUUACGGGUGAUUCAGUGCAGUUGUUUUCCAUUGACAAGUUCAAUGCACUUUUAUGGAAUCUUACUACCAAAUCAACUUUCAACCAGUUGGAUUCUGCAGGCAUACGCGAAGUCAUCAAUACCAAGGGCAAAUUUGAACCCGUUGUUGGCAAAGUUGAACAAGAUGCUAAAAUUGAAAGAUGUGUUAAAGAAUUAACAAGGAGAUCUCUUCCUAAGGAAGUGUUCCCGCUUUGGUUUCGAGAGCAAAUGAUGUACACCUAUGGUCAGACAGGAGCGUGGGAUAAGUUCUGGAAAGAAUUUCAAUCUCUUGUACAAUCUAUUGGUUCAAGUAAAGACCGUGUUUAUUUCUGGGUUACAACCCUCAUAUUUUUAUCAAAAGUGAACAACAGAGAUGCUUUAAGAACGUACUUUACCAAGUAUUGGAGUAGUCCAUCGGGAUAUUCAUUUUUGAAGGAUUUUGAAAAGAAUGAUAAUCGAUUUAAUUCUGACAACGAAAGGAUUGUUUUUAAAAGAACCGUCCAAGAUAUUCAAAAUUCAUAUGGAUCAUCCCCAUGGAAAGACGAAGCUGUUGAAUUUGUAGAAAACUUGUAA